AUGUGUGAGAGAUUUAGUCAGCAUAUGAAGAAAGCAAAUGGAAUUGAUUCAAAUAAAAAGGUUUGCAUGAAAAGAUGGAAAGACAAAAAUAAACGAAUUUAUGGAGUGAAAGUGGUAAGUGCGUAUUUAAAUUAUAAAUAAAUAAAACUAUAUAAGAGUCUAUUAUUUUAUUUCAUGUUCGUAACGCUAUGCAGUUUUUCUUUUUUUUUUUCAUUUUGUGUUUAGACUUUAAAAAAUUUCGAAAAGAUAGCGCAGUUGUCAGAACGAUGUUUUGCAUUAGUUACUGAAAUAGAGAGAACAUUUCUAGAAGGUGGGUUGCCGAGCGCUACAAAGGCCAAGAGCAUAUCACAAGCUUUUUUUCAUUUUCUCACUGGAAAGUCCAAACAAGAAUCAUUCGAUCUUCUUUCAAUGAUACUUGAAGGAAAGAAAACAGCAACGGAAUUAAACUAUAUACCAGGUGGAAAGGUAUUAUGAAUACUACAUUUAUUACUACAAAGGGUGAGAAAGUAUUCGAAUCCGUCCAUUUCAUAUAUAGCUCAGACUUAUGACGUCACUGUUUUGAAACAUUAUUUAUUUAUUGUGUAUUAAAAUUAAUACAAUUUUCAAAUGUCAGAACACCCUUAAAAUUAUUAAUCAUAAUUUUUAUGCAUUUAAUUAGAAAAGGACUUGUCAAAUUGAAAUUGGAACCGAUGCCGAUGCUUUAAAAAAGGUAAAAAGGUUGAUAAUGUUUGCUGUCAUGAAUGCUCAAAUGUACUUUCAAACGCUCAUUAAUAAUUCAUAAGUUUAUUGGCAAAUCAUAUCAACCAUAAUAUGUCAUGUGCAGUGGCUUUAAACCUGAUAAAACACUCCUAAUUAGUAUUCUUUAAAUAACGAAUACUAAUAAGGCAGUAUCUAUAUAUUGCUGUCGUGUCCUCAUUAGUAUUCUUUAUAUAAAGAAUACUAAUAGGGCAUUAUAUCUAUUGAAUUUGUAGUCGUGUUUGAAGCCGUUUAAUAAACUCGCACUGGGUCGUGUUUUAUUAGGUCUAAAGUCACUCGCGCUGUGCGCUCGUGGCUUUAAACCUAAUAAAACACUCCUGCUCGUUUAUUAAACAGUACAUAAUACUAUAUACUUAAGACAUAAUUUUUGCUGAAUUAAGAGAUUCAAAUUAACAUGCGUGGUAUAACCGGAAUCCUGUAUCCAGUAAUUUGGUUCAGUUAAAACUAUAAAAACAUCAUAUGAUGGUGCAUUUGUAUCUUCUGUGCUUUAUCGUCAUCACAAUGAGUUUGGUAUAUAUAUGUUAUUCAGAAACUGGAAAUGGUAACUGACGAACUUCAAAAAGAGAAAUAUGCUUAUGAAUUGAUAAAAGAAAAAUAUAAAAAGGUAAACAUGCAUGCACUGUUUGUUCAAAAGAGUCAAAAUGACAUACACGAUGCCAAAAGAUUAACGCUGCAUGCAUGUAACUAUAUUUUCACUAUCUGUACUUAUUUCAGAGUAUUUCAAAGCAAAAUGAAUUAGAACAAAUUGUGGAAGGUCUGCGAAACAGGGUGGUUAACCAAGAAACUACAAUUGAUUUACAACUUAAACGUCUUCAUAAAGUAUGGGCCUAUAUUUUUGUUCUUUGUCUCAGGUAUGGAGCCUAUUUUUUAAAAACUUACAAUUAUAUUUAUUUAAUUAUCUAAUUCAAGUUCACUGAGAAUCAUCACAAGUGGGCAGAGCAUUAUCGGGAUUUAAUACAGCUGGGGGAUGCCACGCAAGAUAGAGCUAGGUAUACCAAUUUUUUAUAA